AUGACAGAUACUAUGGAUACAAACACCCUAUUAGCAGAACUAGCCAGGAUACUCAACGUGACUGAUAUUGACGCUUCUACUCUUCAGCUUUGCACUAAGCUCAUUGACCAAGGUGUGGAUCCAAAGAAGCUAGCAUCAGCCAUCAAGAACAUCAAGAAUGAGACACAGUCUGUGGCUAGAUAA